CAACUCUUAUCAUUUCAUUCAAUUCAAAUUCUAAUGAAUUUUGCAAUCUUUCAGUUCAAAUUUCGGCAUCAGCUGCUCAGUCAAUGAAUGAUUUAAAUUCUCGUACAUUAUGAUCGUUGAUAUCGUCUGUAAGCUGUUCCCCUGAGGUACGAAGUCUUUUAACCCCAAGGUUUUCAUAAAUGAUCUUCCAACUAACAGUUGUAAGCCACAGAAGCACUUUCAUUCAACAUGGAUUCUCCAAACAACAAGAGAAAUCACAAUGACAGUCCAACCUCUAGUAAUUCUGACCUAACACAACAAGGAAAGAGACCUAAAUUGAAUGAUUGCCAGUAUGGUGAAAAAUGUUUCCGCAAGAAUCCUCAACAUUUCCAAGAGUACGCUCAUCCUUAUUUAAAUGAUCUUAUUGAACGAUUCGGUGAUUCUAAACUACCUGACAACCAUCCAUCAAAAAUCCGAUUGAGCGAUCUUCGAGCACAGAUUGAAAUUGUGAAGUCUUUGAAACGAGCCAAGCCCAAACCGAAACCCAAACCAAAAAAAGAUGAGCCAGAGUCCAGUGGAGCUUCGAAUUCUUCAAGUUCCAACUCAGUGAAUUUAGAAGAAUUUAUUCAUCCCACAUGGAAACUCAACCGAGGAAAAGUGAAGAAGAAAUUGGCAGACUCAAAACCGUACAGACUCUUCUUUUCAGCGAUUAAAGACUCGCCUGAAACUCAUUCUGAACCCUUAAGCAUAUCUUUCCAAGAGUUACUUGAUAGCAGUCUUGGAACCAUAAAAGAAACUUUGCAGAUAAAUUUCAUCGUUGAAUUACCAUGGUUGCUGGCACAGUAUCACAUCACUGGAAAUAGGGGGACACCAAUCACAAUUCUUCACGGAGAUGAUCCUGAUCUCAAAAAAGGGAGCAAACUUCCACAUGUGACAGCUGUUUAUGUGAAAUCACCGAUACCAUUCGGUCAUCAUCAUACAAAAAUGAUGAUAAUAGCUUACACUGACGGAAGUAUCCGAGUCAAUGUGUUGACAGCUAAUCUAGAAGAAACUGAUUGGGAAAAUAGAUGUCAAGGGGUGUGGAUUGGCCCUAAAUGUAAAAAGUUACCUCCUGGAUCAGAUACAACAGCUGGAGAUUCAGUCACAAAAUUCAAGAAAAAUCUCCUUCAGUAUUUAUCAUUCUACAAAUCAUCAAAUUUAGAAUCGUGGAUUGAUAGAGUGAGGAAGGCAAAUUUUUCCAAGUACAGAGUAUUUUUUACAUCCAGUGUUCCUGGCAGUCACAUCGGCCCUGCUCUUGAAACAUGGGGUCACCUUCAAAUCGGCAAAAUUCUACGAGAGAACCCACCAGUGCCUUUCUCUGAGAAAACGCAUCAGGAAUGGUCUGUUAUCGCCCAGUGCUCGUCCAUCGGAUCUCUAGGGAAGGAGUGUAAUGACUGGUUGUGCACCGAAUUACUUUCCAGUUUCAGCCGCAAAGUUCCUAGUCUCUACUACCCAAAGCUCCAUGUGAUGUAUCCCAGUUUUAAAAAUGUUGAAAACAGUCAUGAUGGCCUCCUUGGUGGCAGAGGUCUGCCAUAUACUAAUAAGGUUCAUAAAAACCAGUCCUGGCUGGACAAGAGGCUGUAUCAGUGGAAAAGUGACUCAAAGUUUCGAUCAAAAGCAAUGCCUCAUAUCAAAACCUAUUGCUGCGUUUCUCCAAAUCAUAAAUUCGCCUCUUGGUUUUUGAUGACAAGUGCAAACUUGUCCAAAGCUGCGUUUGGGUCAGUUACAAAAAAAGAUGGUGCCCUCAUGAUUCGCUCUUACGAAGCUGGAGUUCUGUUUCUUCCUCAAUACUUGAUUGACUCAGACGUUUUCCCACUCGAAGGAUCCGGUAUAAAUGAAGAAAACCUUAUCUUGCCGUUACCUUACGAUUUACCUCUCAAAAAGUACUCCAACAAUGAUUCUGUCUGGGAUUAUGGAAUAUAUAGUGAGCGCUAAUUUUCACAGACAUAUGCCAGUAAGUCUCCUGCAUUCAUAUUACAACCGGUUACAGAGUGAUGUGCCAGAUGUUGCUUCGGAGUCCAAUACAUGUAUUUAUAGUUUGUCUUGCAUACUGUUGUGGUGGAACUUUGGCCUGUCAAAAACCAAACAGAAACUGAUCAUCUGUGAUGAGGUGCGUGGAAAUAAUUUUACAUUUAGUAAGAAAUCCGUUUAAAACAAGUUUUUCUCAUUCUCAGUUGUUUUCAAACCAAAAAACCGCAGUAUAGCUCUUAAGUUUUCGUCAAAAAGCAACCUAUUAAUGUUUCGUUGCAAUCAUGGCUAUCUAUUUUUUUCUAGGUUUUUUUAUUUUAUUUUUAAAUCGAUGUUUUCAAGUUUCAUUCUGCGUCUCAAGGCAGGCUUUAUAGUCCUUGCCGUCAUAUUUCAAAUUCAUCUAUCAGUUUCAAAUAUAUUUAUUUUUUGUAAUAAUAACCUCUCUGAUCGUUGGUCGUGAUCAUAAUUUUAAUAAAUGAACAUUUGAAUUUUUUUA